AUGCUUACUUUUUGCCUUAAUGAGGAAAAAGCAAAGAGGAAAAAAGUGACAGAAGCUGUUGAGCCUGAAAAGACCAGCGAAAACUCCUGGCUGUAUUUUUGUAAUUACCUCAUCACACUUCUGAUAAAGAGUGUGAUCCUGUGCAUUAUUCCAGUAAAUGAAGAGCAGAAGAGAAACGGUCGCAGGGUGCAGGCGCAGGGCUCGUGCCCAGCCCAAGCCCUGUCCCAAAGGAAACCAAGGACUCUGGUCCUCUGCACAAAAAAUCCUCUGCCCCCUCCACCUGCCGUGGGGUGGCUGUGGGGGCUGGUGCCCUUUCCCCGGGCUCGCAGGGGGCUGCGGCCGUCCCCGUGGGGUGGCUGUGGGGGCUGGUGCCCUUUACCCGGGCUCGCAGGGGGCUGCGGCCGUCCCGUCCCACGCCCGGCGCGGUUUCCUGCCCCGGGGGCGGGCGGGGUCCCGGAGCUGCGUGUGACAAUGACACUGCCACGUGUGGCCGGCUCAGAGCGUCACUGCUGGCCCGGCUGCUGCCACCGGGAACACCCACGGCCCCCGGGACUCAGCACAGUGCCGGGGGUGUUGUCCAGCCUGCAGUGGUGGUGGUGGGCACUCCUUGCUGCUCGUGUCAUGUUGGAUAUCACCACGGAUAAAGGUGGCCCUGAGCCCUACAUUGAAAUAUUUGAGCAACCCAGGCAAAGGGGCAUGCGAUUCAGAUACAAAUGUGAGGGAAGAUCAGCAGGCAGCAUUCCAGGAGAGCACAGUACUGAAAACAAUAAGACCUUCCCUUCCAUCCAGAUUCUGAACUAUUUUGGAAAAGUCAAAAUAAGAACCACGUUGGUAACAAAGAAUGAGCCCUACAAGCCACACCCUCAUGAUCUGGUUGGAAAAGACUGCAGAGAUGGCUACUACGAAGCUGAGUUCGGGCCAGAGCGGCGAGUCCUGUCUUUCCAGAACUUGGGCAUUCAGUGUGUGAAGAAGAAAGACCUGAAGGAAUCCAUUUCUUUACGAAUCUCGAGGAAAAUUAACCCUUUCAAUGUGCCCGAGGAGCAGCUGCACAACAUCGACGAGUACGACCUCAACGUGGUGCGGCUCUGCUUCCAAGCCUUCCUCCCUGACGAGCAUGGCAACUACACCAUAGCCCUGCCUCCUCUGAUUUCCAACCCCAUCUAUGACAACAGAGCUCCCAACACCGCAGAAUUGAGAAUUUGUCGUGUGAACAAGAACUGUGGAAGCGUCAAAGGAGGGGACGAAAUAUUUCUGCUGUGUGACAAAGUUCAGAAAGAUGACAUAGAAGUCAGGUUUGUCCUGGACAACUGGGAGGCCAAAGGCUCCUUCUCCCAAGCCGACGUUCACCGCCAAGUCGCCAUCGUGUUCAGGACGCCGCCGUUCCUCAGAGACAUCACCGAGCCCGUCACGGUGAAGAUGCAGCUGAGGAGGCCCUCUGACCAGGAAGUCAGUGAGCCCAUGGAUUUCAGAUACCUGCCAGAUGAAAAGGAUCCAUAUGGCAACAAAGCAAAAAGGCAAAGAUCAACGUUGGCUUGGCAGAAGCUCAUACAGGACUGUGGAUCAAACACGAUGGAGAGGCCCAAAGUAACCUCAUUCCCUGUUGUCACUCCUGAAGGGAAGCUGAUCAAGAAAGAGCCCAACAUGUUUCCCUCCUCGCUGAUGAUGCCGGCGGGGCUGGGAGCGCUGCCCAGCCCCAGCCAGCUGGGGAGCGCCCUGCCCGCCUUCCCGGACAGCGCGCUGGGCUGGCCCGACGACAAGGACUCGCCCUUCUUCCGGACCUACGGCGGCACCAACGGGCUGGGAGCCGUGGUGGUGUCGGCGGCCGAGCUGCAGAACCUCCCCGGCGGCGCCCCCGGCGUGGUGGGCAUGGACACGGACGAGCUGAGCUGCAGCAGCAUCAGCCUGGAGAAGUUCAGCGCCGUGCUGGGCGCCGCCAGCCAGCGGCAGCAGCUGCAGCUGCCCCAGGCUGGAGCUAACGCGGGCAGCGGAGCCGCUGCCUUCGCCUCGCAGCCCGGGCUGGCCGACCCUGCCUACGGCUUCAUGGAGCAGGAGGUGCUGAGCGAGCCCAGACUGUCCGGCGGCCACCAGGGCGGCCUGGCCGACGGCCACUUCUACGACACCGACGGUGUCCACGCCGAGGAGCUCUACCAGUCCUUCCCCUUCGAUAGCAUUUUACAGAGCUACAACCCCUGAGCUCCCCGGGCCGUGCUGCUGCGUGGAGAGGAGUAAUUCACCCUUCUGGAGUCCCUGCUUUCUCUUUCAGAAUGUUGCUGUGCGAGUUUCGUGAUGUAACUUAAAGGUUAUUUAUUGCAGCCCGUGAAGGGGGAGGUGGGAGUUAGGUUUGGGGUUUCUUAAAAUUACCUUGUAGAUGUAUUUUUGCGCUGUUGGAAGUGGGAACUGUUAACACUUAAAGCUUCCUUACCUUUGGGGACUGUAAAAGCUGGCAUCUUCAGAAGGGUUAAAAUUUCAAAUACUUCACAGAGUUGAAGUUGUUGUGAAAUAGCCAUUUUUGCUAUAGAAAUUAAAUUUAAAUUUUGAUAGGACAGAAAUUAGGAAAAAAACAAACCCUGCACAUGAGCACUCUAGUUCAGUCUCAUCUAAUGAAUGACAUCUGAGUUCUGCUCAACUUACUGGAAAGGUUUAGGUUUUUAACCCCCUUUCUAUAAAUAUUCUUCUCCUAAAAUGAGAACACGUAUUGAUUUUCCACGCUGUCACCACACUCCAUUUGCUUUGAAGGCAAAUUUACUCGUAAAUUUUUUUUAAUGACUAUGUCAUUGUUAGAUAUAUUUUAAAAGACCGGAAGGUUUGAGUUUUUAAAUAGUCCAGCUCUGUUGUAAAGGAAAUCACUGCACAAGAGAAGGAACAGAAAGUGAGGACUUGUCUGCACUUCAUCCAGAGUGCACUAUUUUACAAGCCAUGCCCCUGUUGCUCUGCAAGUUGUGUGUGUGUGUGUGUAGCUGCGAUGUGAGUGAGAUUUGGACAGGCAGAAAUCUCUGGAGCCGAAGUAUCCACUUACUUUUUCCUCAGGUAUCCCGGCAGUUUCCUGCUAUGCAAGUGACUGCUUCAAAGAAGGCUCAGAUCCUGCCUCCCCAGCACCACCCCCUCCCAGGAGGGCAAAGCCAGAGGCUGCCUUGGUGCAGCCUCACCUCUAUUAACAACUUUUAAAGCCAUUUCAGUCAGUACUAAUUAAAAACACUCCUCUAUCCUCUGUAUCAGGAACCAGAACUUCUUCCCUCCCACUUGAUUCCCAGUCUUCGCUCUUAGCCUGAGCAGGAGCUGUUCCUGACACCUCCAGCUGGAGGUAACUGGCUGGGUAAGACACUCUGGCCUUGGCUACUUUAUUAUACUGUUAUUUUUUAAGAAGCAACACAGAAAAAUGUCUGAGUAUUUCUUAAGGGACACAGAUGCUCUUUGGGGCAGAUAAGGCUUAAGGGUCUCUGUUGUUACCUUUCGGUGACUUAAAACUGCACAAUGAGAGCAGCAAUGAAAAAAAGCAAUAAAAUGUCCAAAACCCACCCCUCAAAUCAAAAAGGCCACUUGAGAGUUGUACUCAAAGAAAGGUGCUCCAGAACCCCUCUGUGGCUUACAGAAUGCAGGGAUGCCUUCCCUGCAGGAAUGCACUGCAGUGGGAGCGCUCCGGUGCUGCUGCUGGAGUUCCACCAGUCAGGGGAACUUGGGAAACUGCUUCCCCUAACUCCAGGUGCACAACAACAUGAAUUGACUCUCCCUGUUUUAAAGCAGUUUUUUCUCACUUCUGCACCUCUCCUCCAUACUCUUAAGCAAUAGGAAGACCAAAGAAAUACACAGAAAGUUUGAAACGUGUUGUUUAUUCAGUUCUUUUUUUUUUUUUUGAAGUUCUCAGUUUUAAGUAUAUUAAAUGUAAACAUUUUACUCACUUCAUAGAAAGCUCUUUAUAGUACAAUUUGUUUUUACUGUAUAAUUAAAUAUUUUCAAAGUUCUGUUUUCCUUUGUAAAUGAGUUGGUUUGGUAAUUAAAAAAAACUGGUUAUACCAAGUGCUCAAGCUUCUGCAACCUCCUCGGCUUCGUACAUCCCUCACCACAGGAAAAGGGAACAAGGUAGGUUACUGGUUGCUUAUCCUGGGUUUUUUGGGGGUAUUUUCUGCUCCCUGUUGCUGGUGGCCACUAUAAAACCUCAGGCACCUGAGGGCUCAUCUGUCUCAGCAGGUUUUGUGGCAGAGCUGUUGUGUUUUUAGGCAGAGGGGACAAGGGCACGGAUGCUUUUGGCUGAGCUGUGUGCUAGUACAGCUUUCUCCAGGCCCAGCUGAGCUGAUGCAAUACCAAAAUGCAGGGGGGAAAUACGAGAUGAAAUCUGCCUCUCACAAAACACCCAGUUGGAGCACUCACAAAAAUAUUCCUAAAAAUCAGGUGAAGGCCCAAGUACAACGUGAAUAUUAUUGCUGUACAUGUAUAUUCAGUACACGGUGGUUCCAAAACUGGACUGGAAAGUUCAGACCCCCAGAUUACAUUUCUCAGUUUCAUAUUUGCACGUGAUUGGUGCCCAGGAACUGCCUGAAGAGCUCAGGGGUAUUUGCAUAUCAGCUUCCACCCCCCUCCACUUCAGAUACUUCAGAUUUACUUAAAAAUAAACAGCCUGGGAAUUUUGGGAGGAGCUCUCUGCCUUGCCCAGAGAGGAGCUCAGACUCGGCACACUGAGGGUCAUCUUUUUGGCCUUGUUUAUCCUGGAUUCUGCCUGGGAUCCCCACGUGCAGCAGGAGCUGCAGAGAGAAGAGCUUUGUGUGUCCUUGGCAUUACUGCAGCAGCCAUUUCCCUCUCCCCCUUUUGGCUCC